AUUUCCCGGAAAUUUGCUGUAUUUCGCUGAUGUUCAGCUAUACUGUAUUCUUGAUGCUUUGUAUAUAAAUUGGAUACUAAACAUUUGUUGAAUGAUGGAUAAUUCCACAGGAAACUUGACUGAAGCUAGUCUAUUGGAUGGACAUAGCUUCUGCUUUGGUCAGUGGAAGACACCACAUCACAUCUUGUUUCAGAUAGGGCAUGCUGCCCUCCUAGUAGGAUAUCUAGGACCAGAGGGAACUUAUGGGAUUUUAUUUACCCAUAGUAUGCUUGUUCUUGGAUUUUUACUCCUUGCCACAUGGUCCUGGAUAAUUCUCUGUGCUCCAGAUGUGUUCUCCUGGCAUUUCAGUUUCACAGUUAUUAACCUGGUGCAGAUGUUGUUCAUGCUGUACAGACUAAAACCUGUGAAAUUUUCUCAAGAACUAGAGGAGGUUUAUGUCACAUUAUUUCAGCCACUGAAAGUCUCCAGAUCACUGUUCAAGAAACUAAUUAGCCCUGAGCAUGCCACCAUUGCUACCUUACAAGAAGGAGAAGUUUAUGCGACUCAAAAUGUCACCAGGACAAAUAAGUUAGGUCUCCUAGUGUCUGGAAUGAUUACAGUUAUUGCUAAUGGCCAAUUCCUUCAUAAUAUUCAUGAAAAGGAAUUCCUAGAUUCUCCAGAGUUUGAGUCUACUUCCAAUAAAGAGGAUAAAUUUCAGGUGUCUCUCAUUGCCACUGAAUACAGUCGUUGCCUGGUGUGGCAGAGGUCUGCCCUGAAGUACCUGUUGGCCAAGGAGCCAUUCCUGGCACAGGUGUUAUCAGGAGUAGUGGGCAGAGAUGUCACCAAUAAGCUGUAUGCCAUCAACCAAAAGAUAAUGUUGUCAGAUGGGUCCAGAGUGGAUAUUAGGCUUCCCUGCAUCAAUGCCCUCAAGAUUAAAGAAUCUGCCUCGAGGUCCCCAUCUAUCACCAGAUCCAACCAAAGAAUUCAAGGCCCUGACUUCUUGAACACUCAGCUCGUACCACAAAUGGCUAACGGUUCAGCCAGAACAAGAUCCAAAUCAUUUGAUGCAGCAGUACAUCACAAACCUCAUAUUGACCCCCACCGUGCACGUAGCUGGACCGAUUGCCAUAUUCGACCAAACCAACAACAGAGGCGUCGAAGUAGCCAAUUGAGCUUAAUAAGACAAGCCCCAAUGAAUGGCCAUGCCAUGUGGUCUUCUUGCUCUGCAAUGGACAGAAGAUACCUUCAUCCACACAGAAACAGUUGCGAUCAUAUUGGUAUGAUGCAGAGUUAUUUGGCAACCCAGGCCCACGAUCCUCAUCAUGAUGGAACAGACUGUAUGGACCAACACCUGCUCCAUCCUAACAUGUUUGUUCCUUGUCAAUAUGGUGGAUCUGUCAGCAGUUGUUCAGGGAGCCUGAGGUCUCGGAGUAGUAGUCCUAGUGAUGGAAUGUACCGAGAACUCUAUAGCCUACUUCACUAAGUCACAUACAUAAUGCAGUGUAUCAUAUUUAUUGAAAUUGUUGGCUUUUUUGGAUAUAUCAACAUUAUUUUAUUGUUAUUAUUAUUAUUUUCUUUUUUGUAAGCCUGUGAAUCAUUUUUGACUAAGAUGCAAAAAUUGGUGUAACUUAAGAAAUGCAUGCAUACAGAACCACUCAAAAUUGAGAUUUUCUCUUGCUGUACAUGCAAAUGGUAAAAAAUCCAUAUUCCAGUUUACCAAUCCUUGUAAAAUAUUGUUUUCAUUUUUUUUUUUUUUGUUCGUAACUGUGUAUAUGUGGUAGCAAUAUUGAAAUAAAUGUCGCCAUUUUAAGAAACUUUGCCAUAGACUGUAAUUUGUUUGUCAGUGAUUUGAAUCACUAUAUUGUAUGAUAUCUUGAUGCUUACUCAAAUUGUGACUUUGCAAUAUACUAAGUUUUAGCCUUUUUGCUACCAUUUUCAAUGAUUCCUUGAUUCUGGAUCACAAAGCACUU